CCAAAUCCAAUGAGACCAGGCAUGCUGGGCAAUUUACGGCUAAGAUCUCAAGGCCCGGCCCUACACACCGGGGCGCAUGAGUCCUUCUUUCCUCGACAUCACUUUUCCUCUCCCCCUACACCCCCCCACUCCGGCCACAGUCGCGCAUCACGCUCGCGCACGCAUAGCCGUUGACCGCGAUCGUGUGCUUUUUCGAGAGUCGCACUGCCUGUGUCCACCCAUUGCGCAAGCGCCAGGCUGCAGACAAGACGUGCUACGAUAGCAUUCGCCCCUUGACCUCAUACUCGCUUUUUGUCCUUUUCACACCUUCUCGCCAAUGUCUCUCAAGCAUAUCCUCAACGAUGACCCAUCACCUCCUCCCCGGCUAUCAGCCCCGUCUGCACCAGCUCUUGUGUCUACGCAGCCUGUCGAUUCGGCGUCAAUGACAGUUUCUCCUCCCGCAACCACGUCUCCUCGUCCCGAGGCCACAGACUACGCGCACCCUCAGGCACCACAUGAAUACGAACAGCGCCCGGCACACCAGGAUUAUGGUUACCAGCCUGUGGUGUACCAUGCAGGCGACUGGACAGACAACGGCCACCCUGCUUUGUCACCAACAGGUAAUCACUACCCAGAGCACGACGAGCAGACACCACCAUCUCCCACGAUGUCGAACGGCACGCAGCCAAUGACACACCGGUUCAAGGAGGGAUAUAUUGAAAGCAGCGGGAGGAAGAAGCGAAAGUUCACGGAUGACGAUGAUGAUUACCAACCACCGGGUCAGAAGCGACACUUACGGCGGCAUGUUACACGCAAUCGACAGCAGCCUCGCAAUCACACUCCUGCUACGGACGCUGGAGAGACGGAUCCAUCUGUUGAUGGUCAACGUGAACAGACUGAAGAGGAAGCACGGCUUGCCUCGACAGACUUGGAGGACUGCGAGGAAAUCUGGAUGGGAGAAUUGGGCAACUAUAUUAUUGAGAACCACAAGAGACAGAAGCAGGUUGAUGCUUGGUUUUCUCGCUGGAUCAUCGAGCGAGAUUCGAUUACGGCAUACCAUAUGUCGCAUGCGUACAAGCGGCGUAUAGCGCGGAUACCACCGCCUCCUCCACCACCACCUCCACCUCAGCCUGCGUCGGAAGAGGGAAUCCUUAUGCGCCCUAUGUCUCCAUCUGUGCAAGUGAUAGACGGAUACGAUGGAUCGCAUGCUGAUGUGCGACUCCAUGGAUAUGCCGACGAAGAUACAGGUCAUGAGCUGGAGGAUGACGGACCGACACGGCACAAGGGUAAGGGUAGAGAUACUGGCAAGAGACCUGCCGUCUAUCCGAUUUCGGAUUCAGAAAGCGAGCUUGACAUACCGAUUUCGAAAACAAUGCCUACGCACAAAAAGCGCAAGCUCGCUAACGAUGCCGCAGAGGGGGACGAACUUGAACGGUCCGGUGGCAGCAAGCCGUCUGCGCUGUCUCCUGCACAGAAGAUGUCGCUCUCUGGCAAGGGCAAAGGAAAGGGCAGGCAGCUCCAACGCGAAGACAGCCUUGAGAGCAUUUCUGCGACUUCCAAGUUACGCAAGAAAGGUGGACCAAGGAGAAAGUACGACGCCUUGCCCCCGCAUACACAGGAGCUUCUGGGGGUCCCAUCGGCAUCCGUGUCCGUUGCUGGCGAUUUGACACCUGCCGGGUCCCGACCUGCCUCCCCUGCUCUAACGUCGGUGUCUGCGACAGUUUAUGAACUCGAUGAGAGCAUUCCUCCUUUAAGACGCGCUAAGAAGGUCGACGAAGCGGCUAUGAUCAAGCGUGUCAAGACGCUUGAGGAUGCUCAGCGGAAGGUUUGGACCAAUAUUGCCAGGAGGGAUAUUCCUAAGGUCUACAAAUAUGUUGCACAAGGAUCCAUGUCAAGACGCACGCAGCUGCAGCGCAUCGCCACGCUCGCGUCAAGAGCUGCUCGCAAACCGCUCACCAAGAACAACAAGGCGGUCAAGGACAUCCAGGCGAAGUGCAAGCGGCUCAUGCGCGAGAUGCUCGUUUUCUGGAAGAAGAACGAGAAGGAGGAGAGGGACGUCCGCAAGCGCGAGCAGAAGGAAGCGAUUGACCGGGCCAAGGUCGAAGAAGAGAAGCGUGAGGCUGCAAGGCAGGCCAGGAAAUUAGAGUUCUUGAUCAGUCAGACGGAACUCUAUAGUCACUUCGUUGGCAACAAGCUGAAGACUGCUGAGCUUGAGGGCCGUACCACCCGUGCUCACGUUCCUGCUGGUGCCGAACUUGCCGACGUUGAUAGUAGCACACUACAGGAUAUUGACUUUGACGACGAGGACCAAACCAACAUUCAUCGGCACGCGAGGCACAACGCACAGACGGCGAUUGCGCUUGCGAGGCGGAAGGCGCAAGAGUUUGACACGCAGGCGGCAUUGGAACGCAAGACAAACGAAGCUUUGAAGCUGGCAAAGCGCCAGGCGCAUAUUCGCGCAGACGAAGAUGUCGAGGGCAUGGGCUCUGGAUCCUCGAGCACGCCACUCGUUGAUUUGGAUUCGGAGGAGCUGAACUUCCAGAACCCAACGUCUCUCUCGGGAGAACUUACAAUCAAGCAGCCGAAGAUGCUGAUGGCUACGCUCAAGGAGUAUCAGCUGAAGGGAUUGAAUUGGCUUGCGACCCUGUACGAGCAAGGCAUCAAUGGCAUUCUUGCGGAUGAGAUGGGUCUCGGAAAGACUGUCCAAUCCAUUUCGCUGCUCGCGUAUCUUGCCGAGACGCAUGAUAUCUGGGGGCCGUUUCUUGUCGUGUCUCCCGCGUCCACUUUGCAUAAUUGGCAGCAAGAGAUUACCCGGUUCGUGCCACGAUUGAAGGCACUACCGUACUGGGGAAAUGUCAAGGAUCGAGCUACCCUGCGGAAGUUCUGGAACAAGAAGGAGAUUAGCUAUGACCAAGACGCUCCAUUCCAUGUGCUGAUCACGAGCUACCAGCUGGUGACUCAGGAUCAGCAGUAUUUCCAACGUGUCAAGUGGCAAUAUAUGAUCCUUGACGAGGCCCAGAACAUCAAAAACUCUUCCAGUGCUCGGUGGAAGACGCUUCUUGGCUUCCAAUGUCGGAAUCGCUUGCUGUUGACCGGUACUCCUAUUCAGAACUCGAUGCAGGAGUUGUGGGCCUUGCUGCACUUCAUUAUGCCUAGUCUGUUCGACUCUCACGACGAGUUCAACGAAUGGUUCUCCAAGGAUAUCGAGAAUGCCGCGGAGAACAAGGGUAGUAAACUGAACGAGCAUCAGCUUCGUAGAUUGCAUAUGAUCCUGAAGCCGUUCAUGUUGCGUCGCGUCAAGCGUCAUGUCCAAAACGAAUUGAGUGACAAGAUCGAGGUGGACAUCUAUGUAGACCUGAGCGCUCGACAACGCGCCCUGUACAAAGCGUUGCUGGCCAAUGUUUCCGUUGCGGACUUGUUGGAGAAAGCAGCAAACAUCGGAGAUGCUGAUUCUGCGCGGUCACUGAUGAAUCUCGUCAUGCAAUUCCGCAAGGUCUGCAACCAUCCGGAACUAUUCGAACGUGCAGACGUCGUUGCACCUUACUCAUUCUCUGAAUUUGGACGGUCCGGACCGCUCAAUCGCGAAGGCGAUUUCAUUCAAUUCCCUUACUCUACUCGCAAUCCAAUCGAAUUCUCCAUACCGAAGCUGUUGUAUUAUGAAGGCGGUCUAUUGGAUGUGCCACAGGAAAAUUCAAAGGACACUGCACAUCUAGCACAUCUUAUGAACAUAUGGCGUACAGAUUGGAUUCAUCAAUCAUUGUAUCACGAAGAACGACCUGCUUUCUCAUUCUUGAAGUUCAUUGAUCUCUCGCCCUCCGAAGCUCAUGCGUUCUAUAUGGCAAACACGAUCCAGAGGCAGGUUUUGUCCGCGCACUUAGAGGCAAAACAUAAGGAGUACCAGCCGUAUGACUCCGAUGCAUUGUUUAUCGCGACUCGCGCGUCAAACCCAUAUCGGUUGCCUUCGCGAGUCUCAUUUGGCGCUAUCCAGGACGGCGAGGAUCUUCCACAACUAACGUCAAUUUCGAUGUCAGCGUGGAAGGAAUCUUGCCUGUCUCGAAGGGACCUCAAGUGGUUCAUACCACCUGCUGUCGCUCCUCCCAUCACUAUGUAUAGUGCUGAUCGCACAUUUGUCGAACGUGAAGUGCAGCUCUUCGAGUCUCCGACGGAGUCCUUGGCACUCUAUGGACUGCCACCGUCCCUCUGGGACUCUGAGAGUGCUUACUCGCAAUACCAAGAGCAGUAUCCCGGGCUGCAAGCCUCAGGUCUGAUUGGUGCUUCAUCGCCAGAUCAGCUACCGUUGUCGACGAUGCAGGUACCGGAGGCGAAGAGACUCAUUUACGACUCGGCGAAGUUGGCUCGCCUUGAUUCUCUACUACAAGAAUUGAAGGCGGGCGAUCAUCGGGUCCUGAUCUACUUCCAGAUGACGCGCAUGAUGGAUCUGAUGGAGGAGUAUCUUAUCUAUCGCCAAUACAAAUACUUGCGUCUCGACGGCUCCUCUAAGCUGGAGGAUCGACGGGACAUGGUUAUGGAGUGGCAGACUAGGCCAGACAUUUUUAUCUUCCUGCUAAGUACUCGUGCGGGAGGGUUGGGCAUCAAUCUUACUGCUGCGGACACGGUCAUCUUCUAUGAUCACGAUUGGAAUCCCUCGAAUGACGCUCAAGCAAUGGAUCGUGCUCACCGCCUCGGCCAGACGCGCCAAGUGACCGUGUAUCGCCUCAUCACUAAGGGUACCAUCGACGAGCGCAUCGUUCAGCUGGCCAGAGUCAAGAAAGAUGUGCAAGACAUUGUUGUUGGCAAUAAGAGCUUCACCGACGUCACAAAACCGAGCGAAAUUGUCCAACUGUUGCUCAACGAAGACCAACUGGCGGGUCUGGAUAGCAGCAGCGAUGCGUCCAAGAGCAAAGGCAAAAGGCCGGCCACAGAUGCGACGCAAGCCAAUGGAAAUGUGAUUCGUGAUCUCUGGAACGAAGAAGGUGACGAGUUUUUCGGGCAUUCUACGGCAGCUCAGAAUGGAGCCAGCAUCGAGGCGAUCGAUGAAGACGCAGGAACGCCCGUGCCCACCCCGAGUGGCCGCGGGCGCAAACGCGGAGGCGGUGCUGGAACGACUCGAGGUCGGAAGCCUGGUCAAAGAGGUAGAAGGAAGGCCAAUGUAACCGGCGGCGACGGUGAUUCAUAGUCAAUGCUCCGCUAUUUUGUUUUGAUUUUGGGCAGCCCAUGGCGAUCCAUCGUACUUUAUGUCACAGCGGUCUGUGUACUUUAUAAUUCAUUCCUCAUUAUAGCUAUUGUACUUUCUUCCUAGAUCUGCCUUCGUGUAUCAGGACCUAUUAGCUUUGAAUUAUGUACUCUCGCACUGAUACCAAGUACUGUACUUUCUGUGUUUAUCCGAGAUGCGGUGCACAAUCACUACAGCUCAUCUUGUCACAAUCACAUCGAAAUUAGUCCUUGAAUAAAACUUAGUAGGAUCGAGAUAUCGAAUAACAAAUCUAGCGUUGGCCGAC